CGAAACACAACGCAGCAGCACAAAAGGAGGCUGUCCGGACGCGAAAGCCGCCGCACCUCGCCACCAGAAAAUUCUCCUCACAGGGCACAAGGGCCAGGAGGACCUCCCGGCCGAAAUUCCCCAACCCUGCGCACCGCGUCCGCGUGCGCCCCCCGAGUCCCCUACCCCACCGCCACCACCGACCACCGUCUCCGCCGUCUCGCCAUGCGCAUCCGCCGCUACGCCGCGCGCCUCCUCUCGGCCUCCGCUACCACUGCCAACCCCUCCUCGCCCCCGCCGCCGCCCGCUGCGUCCUGGCUCCACGCUGCUGCCGACGACUGCUGCGCCUUCUGCGAGCACAGCCGCCCCACCCCGCAGGAGGGUCCGGACGCAAUCAAGCACAAAGGGCACAUUGCCGGUCGGGUGCCGCAAUCCGAGGGCAGGGGUGAUGAGCGCGUCGGCUUAGCUCAGCGACCGCCUGCUCCGGAAGCAAAAAAAUGCAAGAUCAAUCAUGGGGCUCCUGUUAAUGAAGUUGUUGUGGGGAUGGGAGUUCCGAGAGGGACUUUUGGGGUCAGUGAAGCUGCUCUGAAACCGGAAGGUGCAGGGGGAGCUACUCUUGUUAGCGAGGUUGACGCUGAGCCUGCAGUUAAGGCUGCAACUUUCGUUGUGAGUGAUGUUGCCAUUGAGCAGGAAGUUAAAUGUAGAAUUUCUGCUGUGAGUGAAUCUGCCGCUGAGCCUGAGGUUACAGGGGGGGAUUCUCUUGUGAAUGAAUCGACCACUGAACAACAAGUUUCAAGGUGUGCCUCUAUUGCUAAUGAAGCUGCUACUGAGCUGAAAAAAUUUGCCACUGUGCCAGGGGUUACAGGCAUUGUGCCACAAGUUACAGGGGGACCUUCUCUUAUGAAUGAUUCUGGCGCCAAGCGGGAACUUAUAAGGAAAACUUCUUUCAUUAAUGAAGCUUCUACUGAGCCAGAACUGAUGGAGAGAGAUUCUUAUGUGAGCAAAUCUGUCACUGAUCCAGGAGUUACAAUCGCUGUGCUGGAAGUUGCUGGGACUGGUUCCCUCAGUAAUGAAGCUGCUGUGAGACAUGAAGUUACAGGGCAAGCUUCUCUUGUGCAUGGAGCUGCUGAACUGGAAGCUACAGGGGUGGAUUAUACUGUUAGUGAAGCUGCUGCGGAACCAGAAGAUACCGGCAGAGCUUCUUGCAAUGGAGAUGGUGAUGCUGCUUUAGACGAGCCAUGGCUGCCUGAUUGUGAUCCAGAUAUAGGCAGUGUGCAGAUUGGAAAUGCUGGAGCUACUGCUGCCAGUGAAGUGCAGCCUUCUCGAUAUGAUGCAGUACAUGUUGGUGAUUCUGUGAAUUCGACAAGCAAUGGUCCUGUCAGAGCCAAAAGUCCAAGUGUUGAGGAAGGAGCACAGCAUGAUAGAUCUGUUGCACCCAGUGUUUCAUGUGUAUUAGACAUAGUGGCUAGAAGCAUCGGUAGGUCAGGGAGAACAGAUGUUAUAUGUUAUUCUAGGCGCAGAGGUAAAAGGAAGCUGGAGCUGCUGGAGGUAAAGAUGGAAAAUAUUGAAUUGGAUGAUGAUGUUGUAUGGGAUCAAUGUGAGGAAGAGGAGAUACUGGAGAUAACUGAUCAUUGUGAGAGUGUGAUGUCAACAGCUGGAUCUGCAGAUGUUAAACUUGCCGACAUAAAGAAAGAACUUGUGGAUAAUUCGGCCACAAGCAAGGUUAAAAAGAUGAAGAUAAACAGAUUUGAAUGUAAUAUUGAUUACUGUCGCAUGAUAUUUAAGACAAGAGCCGAGCUUUCUGUCCACAAGAAGAAUAUGUGCACGGUCAAGUCGUGCAGCAGACAUUUCAGAUCCCACAGGUACUUGAGGCGUCACCAGAGUAUUCACAACAAUGAUAUGCCUUACAAGUGUCCAUGGGAGGGUUGCAAUAUGGCUUUCAAGUGGUCAUGGGAUCGGACUGAGCAUUUCAAGGUCCAUGCCGGGGUGAAGCCUUAUAAAUGCUCGACGCCUGGGUGCAGCAAGAUAUAUAAGUUUGUUUCAGACUUUAGCCGGCACAGGAGGAGGUGCAAACCUUAGAGGUAAAAGCUUGCUUGGUACUACAGAAUUAGGAUAGUAGUAAAGUUUGUGCUUGCUACUGUAGAUGCUUUUAUUUAUUUGCUAGAAGAUCUAUCGCUCAACUGUUCUGACAACUUAUAGUGGGAUUGUUUGUUUCUUUGUUGAGAAAAAAAUGCUACAAUCUUUAGUUUAUAAACUUUGAGUUUGUCAAAUAUCGGUGUACAUUUGCAGAAGCUAAUUGAUAAUAUUUGCGUUGUUUGUUC